UAUAGAUAAGGCUCUCCUCUCAAGCCUUAGCUCCGAGCUCAGGCCACCACUACAACCCUCUUCUACUCCUCUCUCUGAAACCCUAGAAUCAUGUACGGCGGCGGUGAGUACACUCAAACCCUACCAAAACCUACAUUCUCUUAAUUUCUCCGUCUCUCUAUAUCCCUGGAGUUUGACGGCUUGAUGCCCUAAAUCCAAAACGAGUCGUCCUCCGAUGUCCCUUCUAGAUCCCCAUCACACUUUGCUGAAUUCGAAAUCCCCAGUUUUCUAGGGUUUCAAUUUUCAAUCUCAAGAGGAAAAUGUUGAAGCGGAAGGCGUCACAGAAGAAGAUGUUCUCCCCUAUCAUCUCCGGUGCGAGCCCUUCAAGGCCAUCACCGACCACAAUCCAAGCGGUCGUCAUCAGGUCUGGGAGCCCAAUCUCUAGUCCAAGGUUGACCCAAAUUUCAAAAGAGGCGGAGCAGACCACACUCACCACAGUAGUGAUCCAUUUGAGGCUACGUCACCGAGCUUCGGCACAAACCUACAAUCUCGAUGCGAAUCUCUGCCUUCUUCGUCUCUAUCAGAGUAGGAAAGGAAUCAACUUCCGGUGGGAGAGAAGGAAAGGAAUCAAAUACAACAGAUAAAGUGACUAGCGUUGGCCGGCCUUGGUUUCAUGCAAAUAUAAAUGUUUUAGUCCUAGACAGUGAAGGAGAUGCUGAAUAUUUUACAGGUUAUGACUCAGACAGUUGGGUGCAAGCCUCAAGCAUACAAGCUAGAAAUUCUCAGAGAUAUCAGUGGCAUCA